AAAUAAUCUGGAUAAGAAGCGGGGUAGUUAGCUGGCAUAGCAUUUAUUCAGAACCAGAGAAGAAAGAAGAUAGAGAGAUAGAGGGGGGAACUGUCUGUGUUAAUGAGCUCUGCCAGUAGCAGCAAUGAAGCCCGUAAUGAUGCUGAUGUUGUUGUUUUUGGUAAUGGCGGCCGUUAUAUCGUGCGCAGGUUCCAAUGAGGGGGAAGUGCUGCUUGUGUUGAAGGCUGCCAUGGAGGAUCCUGAAGGUGCUCUGGAUGGGUGGAAUGAAUCGGAUGUAAAUAACUACUGUAGCUGGAAUGGCGUCGGCUGUGAUGGAAGCUACACGAUUGUGUCACUGGACCUGACAAAUAUGAACCUUUCCGGGGAGAUUUCGCCCGAUAUUUCGCAUCUGCAGUCGCUGGUGAAUCUCAGCUUAGCGGUGAACAGGUUUAAUGUUGCUUUUCCGGGGGUUAAAGUGGCAGCACUGAGGAUGCUCAAUAUUUCCAACAAUAAUUUCACUGGCACUGUGGCGGCGGACGCGCUGAGGGAGCUGAGCCGUCUGGAAGUUCUGGAUGCGUAUAAUAAUAACUUUUCCGGUCCGCUGCCGGUGGAAGUGGCGGCACUGCGAAAGCUCCGGCAUCUGCAUCUCGGCGGCAGCUAUUUCACUGGUUCCAUUCCUGCCGCUUAUGGAAAUCUAAGCUCUCUUGAGUACUUAGGACUGAAUGGGAACGCUCUGAGCGGCGCCAUUCCGGCGGAGCUAGGGCGGCUAGGCAAUCUCCGCCACCUUUACCUUGGACAUUUCAAUGUCUAUGAUGGUGGCGUACCGGCUGAGCUUGGAAACCUUAGCAAUCUCGUUCGCCUUGAUAUGUCGGAUUGCGGGCUGACCGGCAGGAUACCGGCGGAGCUUUCGAAUCUGCGGUCUCUGGACUCGCUCUUCCUCCACGUAAAUUCGCUCGAGGGCCCCAUUACGCCGGCGCUUGGCCGCCUCGUUGCUCUGAAAUCCCUGGAUCUGUCCUUUAAUCAAUUAACCGGAGAGAUUCCGCAGUCUUUCUCGAAUCUUACUUCCCUAACCCUUCUUAACCUGUUCCGCAACAGGCUCCAUGGUUCGAUUCCUGAGGCUAUUGGUGAUUUGCCUAGCUUAGAAGUCCUCAACCUGUGGGAAAACAAUAUCACGGGCUCGAUUCCCGAACGCCUUGGCCGAAAUGGAAAGCUAAAAGUCCUCGACCUUUCCUCAGACAAGCUCACGGGCCUCAUUCCUCCAUACCUCUGCGCUGGCAACAAUCUCGAAAGCCUCAUUUUGCUGGACAAUUUCUUCUUCGGCCCCAUCCCACAAACCCUAGGCGCCUGCAAGUCCCUCACACGGCUUCGCAUGGGGCAAAAUUAUCUCAAUGGUUCGAUCCCCACUGGGCUUCUCAAUCUCCCCAAGCUAGACCUUAUCGAACUUCAAAACAACUAUCUCACGGGCAAUCUUAUGCCCGACGACAUUAAAGUCUCGGCCAAACUCUCGCAGCUUAUUCUGUCGAACAAUAUGCUGAGUGGCGCACUCCCUCGCAACAUAGGUGACUUGUCGGGUCUGCAGGUUCUUUUUCUUGACGGGAAUGAGUUCUCUGGCAGCAUUCCUCCUGAGAUUGGGAAUCUCAAGCAUUUGGGAAAGAUGGAUCUAAGCAACAACAAAUUCUCAGGGCAAAUUCCAGAGGAGAUUAGCCGAUGCAAGAUUUUAUCCAUAGUAGAUUUGAGUAGCAAUGAGCUUACUGGUUCAAUUCCUUCCACUCUCAUCCAAAUGCACAUUCUGAAUUAUCUCAAUAUGUCACGGAAUCAUUUAACUGGAGGCAUUCCGAAAGAUUUAGAGCAGAUGCAGAGUCUUACUGCUGUAGAUUUAUCCUACAAUAAUCUUUCUGGCGUUGUUCCCAGUGGUGGCCAGUUUAGUUUGUUCAAUGCAUCUUCUUUCACUGGAAACCCUGAUCUUUGUGGACCCUAUCUGCGUCCCUGUACAUUCCAGGUUGAUUCAGCAACAAACAGCCAUGCAAAGGGUUCUAUUUCUUGUACCGUGAAGCUGGUUUUAGUCAUAGGCCUGCUGUUAUGCUCAUUGGUCUUUGCUAGUGCUGCCAUCAUUAAAGCCAGGGCCUUAAAGAGGAACAGCCCUUCCAGGUCAUGGAAGCUAACAGCCUUCCAGAGGCUGGACUUCACCUGCGAGAAUGUUCUAGAGUGCUUGAAAGAAGAAAAUAUUAUAGGGAAGGGUGGAGCAGGGAUUGUGUACAAGGGUUCAAUGCAUAGUGGAGAAGAGUUUGCAGUGAAGAGGUUGCCUGGGAUUGGCAGGGGUUCUUCUAAUGACCAUGGGUUUGCUGCUGAGAUUCAGACUCUAGGCAGGAUUCGGCAUCGCCAUAUAGUGAGAUUGUUGGGAUUUUGCUCAAAUCAGGAAAUCAAUCUUCUUGUGUAUGAGUACAUGCCGAAUGGAAGCCUAGGAGAAUUGCUCCAUGGGAAAAAAGGUGGACACUUGGAGUGGGCAACCAGGUACAAGAUUGCCAUUGAGGCGGCUAAAGGGUUAUGCUAUUUGCACCAUGACUGCUGUCCGCUUAUAGUUCAUCGUGAUGUAAAGUCGAAUAACAUCCUCCUGGACUCUGAUUUUGAGGCACAUGUUGCAGAUUUUGGUCUUGCUAAGUUUUUGCAGGAUUCAGGCACUUCAGAAUGCAUGUCAUCCAUUGCAGGUUCUUAUGGUUACAUUGCCCCAGAAUAUGCAUACACGCUCAAAGUAGACGAAAAGAGCGAUGUCUACAGCUUUGGAGUAGUGUUGCUGGAGCUAAUUACAGGCAGAAGGCCAGUAGGCGAGUUUGGAGAUGGUGUUGAUAUUGUUCAAUGGGUCAACAAAAUGACUGAAUCUAGAAAGGAAGGAGUUGUCAACAUAUUGGAUCAGAGGCUGUCCACUGUACCUCUACACGAGGUCAUGCAUGUUUUCUCUGUUGCAAUGGUCUGUGUUGAAGAGCAGAGUGUGGAGAGACCUACCAUGAGAGAGGUAGUUCAGAUGCUCACUGACCCUCCAAAGGUUAAAACAUGUGAGAAUUCUGUACCUGCUUCAGAAGAAGAGGAAGCCAAGGAGUCAGAUGGUGCCGGAAAUCCUCGUGAUCUUCUUUCCACAUGAAUCCAUAUUUGCAGUUUUGGUUGAUCGACUGUUACUUUGCAACUAAGUUACAUGCAAAACCAGUUAACAGUGGCUGCCCAGACAUUUCUUUUUGGAGGGCGUUUACCUGAUUGGUGGCUUUUUGAGAACCCAUCUCGGAGAUGGCUUGAAAAUGCUUCAAAUUUAAUGAUGAGAUGUACAGCACUUGUUUCCACUCAUCUGCAAGCCUGUGUUAUCACUGGAUAUAUUGUCAAGACUAUUUAGAAUCAUAUUUCAUCUUAAUCAAAACCAAUUACGUCAUCCCCGUGUAGAUCUUCAGCUCUGCUUUUUGUUUUGACCUUCAGCCUUGGUUUUUGUUUUGGUGGUUUACUUGACUUGCAAAAUGACGUCAAUGUCCUCAAAUCUAAUCCUUUGCACAGACCUCUCUUGUGAGGAUGAGUGAAAGAUUCGAGAGAUUUGCCAAAUUUCCAGUAGUUAAAGGGUACCGCCCAGCACCUCUCAUUAGCUGUCUGCUGUUAGAAAAUCAGUUCGACUGGGCCAAGGGGUAAAUUUGAGACGCAUUAGAGUGCGGUGAACCUUGACUCUAUAAAGUGGGGAACAUCAGUGUGGCAGAGCGGAUGGGACUGUUGGCUAGAAGGAGAAGCUAUAUAAUAUAGCUGGCUAGUGUUGUCUUGUAAAGUAGGAUUACAUGGAAGGAAAUAUUGUAAUCUUAUCCUUCAUCUCUUGAUAUAUGGCAUAGUAAUUUCUGAUGAUGUAGCAACUGUACAGAUUUCUUAGCCUCAAGAAAAUUUUUAGAAGACCAAAAUUUCAUAUGGUAAUGAAGAUGCAUAUUGAAUGCUGA